AUGUUAAAUAAUACUACAUCUAUAUUAAAUCAAUAUAUCGAAUCAGUCAAUCAGUCAACCGUUACGAAUGAUUCUUUGGGUGCUAUUAUAUUUAUUAUUAUUGUACUUUGUUUUUAUUCAUCAAGUUUUGUAUUUUUAUUGGGAAUGCAAAUGCAAACAUCUGCUGAAAGUCUUGAUGAAUCAAUAAAUCCUCCAACAAAAUUAUUUGUUCAAAGUUUUCGUGAUCUAAGCAAUAAUAAAGAAAUAUUAGAAGAACUUGUUAAUAAACAAAAACGAGAUAAAUUAUGGGAUAUUUAUUUGGGUACAUCUGGCGAUAUGAAUGAUAAAAUAAUUCGUGCUGAAACAGCUCGUAUUCGUAAUAUUGAAAAACAAUUAGCAAUUAUGAAUGAAUGUCAUAGAUCUAAUAGUAAUCAAAGAAUUAAUGAUGAUAUUUUUUCUACUCAUUCUAAUCUAGAUGAAUGGUCAUCAGCUACAGAUUUAACUAUAUUAAAUUCACGUUUACGUACACGACGUCGAUCAUCAUUAGAUUAUAAAAUUCUCGAAGAAUGGAAAGGACUUUCUGAUGAAUUAAAAGCUAAUGAAAAUUGGCCAUGGGCUAUACAAAAAUUAAUUAUACGACGAUAUUUACGACGACAACGACAUGCAUCAGAAUGUGGAUCAGCACCUUGA